AUGUCAGACCAGCCACGACGUCCACGGCGUCGCAAGGUGACGCUGGCCUGCGAACCCUGUCGGGAACGCAAGGCUCGCUGUGAUGGAGUUAAGCCACUCUGCUCCACGUGCCGGCGUCGGGCAUUGGGUCUCGAGCAGUGCAUCUACAAGGUGGACAAUGCACGUACAGCAUGUAUUGAUGAUUACACUAAAUCUCUCCAUGAGCGAAUCCGUGUGUUGGAGGAGACUUGCUCGAGGCACGGCAUAGACCCUGAAUCUGGUUCAACUGCAGGCAAUGUAGACAGCGGGCCAUCAGAAACUCAGGCGAAUCUAGACGCUUUGGUCAUGGGAACCACACAAGGGCAAAUUCUGACACCCUUGUCGUCUGCUGCCACUGAAGGCAUUGAGACAUCGAGCAAGGCCACGCAUGUUACAGCUAUGGGGGCGUCAACAUCGGAAGAAGAACCUCGUGAUACUAUCCAGACCUAUUUCGGCUCAUCGUCUGCGGCUUCCUUUCUGCGGCAAACAUGUGGAACGAUGAACACCCCUUUAUCCCGUCAAGCUUCAGGGAUCUCCAAACCCUCUUCUCCACAGCUUCUCUCUCCAUAUAGCGGAUGGGAAAAUCUUGUGCUCCCACCACGGAAUCUAGCCGACCACCUGGUGCAGAGGUAUUUUGAGCGAGUAUUUUACCUAUAUCCAAUCUUUGAUAGGAAGGCCUUCGAGAGCGCCUAUCAAUCUUUAUGGCUACCAGGUGGGCAACAACAGGAUCACCCGGAUUCAAGCCUAGAUAUUGGUCUCGGGGGACGUGGUGGAGGCGCAACAACCAUUGCUUUUCAUUCAUCACUUAAUUGUAUUUUUGCCCUGGGAAGUGCUGUUUCCGAUCUAUCUACAUCAGCUAAACUGACCGCCUACGAUGUCUUCUUCUCACGGUCAAAACAAAACAUCGGACUAGACUUGGUCGACAUGAAUAACAUCGGUGUUGUACAAACAAUGCUGUUGGUAGCUCUCACUUUACAAGGAACGCCAUUUCCUGAUCGAUGUUGGAACGCAGUUGGCAUGGCCUGCCGGAUAGCCCAAAGUCUGGGAUUGCACAGCAUGCCAAAGUUCGACCCCCAAGAGUCCCGAGUGUGGAAGAUUCGGCGCCGCACAUGGCAUGGAUGUAUUGUCCUUGAUACGGUUGUGAGCAUGAAUUUCGGGAGGCCGACGAUGUUGACCAGCCUCUCCUCCUUGGUCGUACCGCCGCCCCUAGAGUUCAAUCCGGAAGCCUGCGAGGAUAUGAAGAUGCAAUUCCAAAUCGAAAAUGUCCGUUUGAGCAUCAUAUUGGAAAGGAUCCUGUCAAACGUUUACCAGCCCUGGCAGAGUACAGUCUUUCAUGACCACCAUCCCGCAGCACAGCCGGAUAUGGCUUGUCAAAGCAUGGAUACUUUUGUCGAUCUCGAUGGACGAUUGACUGCGUUUGAAAGAUCAGUGCCCGCAUUUCUGGGAUGGAAAGCAGCCGCAGCAACGGAAUUUCACACUGAAGACGCGGGCAAGCUCUUUGCCAUGCAAAGAUAUGUUCUUCAUGCGCGAUUUAUUUACGUCCGACUGAUGCUCUAUCGGCCCAUCUUGACGAGGUUUCUAGCAUCUGAGAUCUCAGGCGAAUCAAAUAAUGAUUUGCAAGCUUCCUUCAACAGGGACGGGGCGAGAGCCUGUGUAAACUCAGCUAUAUCGCUGAUCACGUUGGUUCGAGACACCUUCGCCACUGAUCAUACAGGUGCCUGGUGGUGGAAUGCUCUAUACGCUUGCACCGCUAGCUUGGUCCUCAUUACUUGCCGUCUCUGUCCGUCACUAUGGGCUACACCAGAUCAAAGCGAUAUCAUCACAUCGUGGGAGAAAUGCAACUUGGUCCUCGAGAGUAUCUCAUCUUUUAGCCCAUUCAUCCGGAAAUCUUUCGACCUCUUGUUGAAAAUCAACCAAAUUGUCAUCACUAGACAAACCAGUCACGUAAAUGAGCAUCCGAUUAACGACCUUGGUACUGACCUUCUGGAUACCAUGCUAGAAGGGGACUUUUCUCUCCACGACGCGCUGAAUAUUACUUUUCCUUUCGACAUUGAUAUAUCACAGACGACGUGGGAAUAG